UUUUUUAAGAGGACAAGAAGGACUAAAAAUACCAACUUCUGCUUUUGGACAAAAAUGCAUCUGACUGUAUUUCUACUUAGGAGUAUUGUGGGUUUCCUCUGGAGCUGCUGGGUUCUAGUGGGUUAUGCAAAAGGAGGUUUGGGAGACAAUCAUGUUCACUCCAGUUUUAUUUAUAGAAGACUACGGAACCACGAAAGACGGGAAAUACAGAGGGAAAUUCUCUCUAUCUUGGGUUUGCCUCAUAGACCCAGACCAUUUUCACCUGGAAAACAAGCUUCCUCUGCACCUCUCUUUAUGCUGGACCUAUACAAUGCUAUGGCCAAUGAAGAAAAUCCCGAAGAGUCGGAAUACUCAGUGAGGGCAUCCCUGGCAGGAGAGACCAGAGGAGCGAGAAAAGGAUACCCAGCCUCUCCCAAUGGGUACACUCGUCGCGUACAGUUAUCUCGAACGACUCCUCUGACCACCCAGAGCCCACCUCUAGCCAGCCUACAGGAUACCAACUUUCUGAAUGAUGCUGACAUGGUCAUGAGCUUUGUCAAUUUAGUUGAGAGAGACAAGGAUUUUUCUCACCAGCGAAGGCAUUACAAAGAAUUCCGGUUUGAUCUGACUCAAAUUCCUCAUGGAGAAGCAGUGACAGCAGCUGAAUUCCGAAUAUACAAGGACCAGAGCAAUAGUCGAUUUGAAAAUGAAACAAUUAAGAUUAGCAUAUAUCAGAUCAUCAAGGAAUAUGCAAAUAGGGAUGCAGAUCUGUUCCUGUUAGACACAAGAAAAGCCCAAGCUUUAGAUGUGGGUUGGCUUGUCUUUGAUAUCACUGUGACCAGCAAUCAUUGGGUAAUUAAUCCACAGAAUAAUUUGGGUUUACAACUCUGUGCAGAAACAGGAGAUGGACGCAGUAUCAGUGUAAAAUCCGCCGGUCUUGUGGGAAGACAUGGGCCUCAGUCAAAACAACCGUUCAUGGUGGCCUUCUUCAAGGCAAGCGAGGUACUUCUUCGAUCCGUGAGAGCAGCUAACAAACGGAAAAAUCAACACCGCAAUAAAUCCAGCUCUCAUCAGGACUCCUCCAGAAUGUCCAGUGUUGGAGAUUAUAAUACCAGUGAACAAAAACAAGCCUGUAAGAAGCAUGAACUCUAUGUAUUUCCGGAUCUGGGAUGGCAGGACUGGAUUAUAGCACCAGAAGGAUAUGCUGCAUUUUAUUGUGAUGGAGAAUGUUCUUUUCCACUCAAUGCUCACAUGAAUGCCACCAACCAUGCUAUAGUUCAGACUCUGGUUCAUCUGAUGUUUCCUGACCACGUACCAAAGCCUUGUUGUGCUCCAACCAAAUUAAAUGCCAUCUCUGUGCUGUACUUUGAUGACAGCUCCAAUGUCAUUUUGAAAAAAUACAGAAAUAUGGUAGUGCGCUCAUGUGGCUGCCACUGAUGUUAAAUAAUAAUGGUAACAAGAAAAAGUUCUGUAUUAAGGUUUAUGACUAUAAUAAAAAGUAUGCUUUCAGACAAGAAGGGAAUUUCAUACAAUUAGUCUGGCUCAUUUCAUCUCUGUACCUAUGUACAAUAUUGUGUAUAUAGUCACUUUUAUUUAUUUAAAGGUAUAUAGUCUCCUUUGUGGAUGCCUUAUCAAUAAAAUCUAUUUUAUAGAUCUAUCACACAAUAGAUAGCCCAGUGUAACUUUCAAUGGGAUAUGCUAAGUCCAAUUCAAUUCCAUUUCAACAUUUUUUCUGAUACGAUUUUUAUAUAAUUUUCUGAAAUUGACAGAACUCCUUUGCAUGUUAAUCACUGGUGAAGGAAAUUGAAUGCAUUUGGUUACGUUGUGCCAGUGAAGACUGAUAGGAUAUUUAUUUAGAAAUAAAACUAAAACAAAAAAAAACAAAAAAAAAAACCCAAACAAAAAUGCUUGGAUAAACAUAAUUUCUCUUUCAGAGUUUCUGCUUCAUUAGAUAAAGUGAAAUGUUGACCUGGAUUUGAAUAAAUAAGCGGUAGGCAGAACAUAGAAGCUGAAAGAUUACACAUAAUUGUUGUAACUGUUUGCUUUAACAGAAUUGGUGUAACUGGGGAGCAUGUUCCUUCUUGGCUUGUGUAUUGUAGAUUUUGCAAAGCGCUCAAAGCUUCAGGAAUUCUGUGGAGACAGGCUUGAGCCUGUGUCCAUAACUUUCCAAGUUAACACUAAAAAAUUGUAGUACAACCUUCUUACCUCAAAUAAAUCAUGUCUGCCUAUUAUCUAGAACACUACUGCUGCAGAUUUUUUUCAGAUUUAAAAACAGUCCAAAAUAAAGAAACAUUUACAUGCACUCUACUUCCCUCCCCACAGGCAAGUCACUGCAUACAUAAAACAUAGCGAGCAAAGAUGCCGACAGAGCCAUUUUCUUUAGCUCUCCUUUAUAACUGAGUUUGCUGAUUGAUGUGAUGCAAGGGAUUUUAUUUAGAGUAAAAGCACUGAAACUAAAUUGAAGGAAAUUACCAAAAAUCCCAGAAUGGCUUUGACAGAAUUGCCAUUUCGAAAGAACAGCUGAAAUCCAUUUUUCAUAUCUUUGAGAACGAGCUCAAUGAAAACCUUAUUUUGUAAGGGGAUUUUGUAAACCUUCCUCCAAGCACAAAUAAUUCCAAAUGGGAAGGUUCUGUUGUGUGUAUGUGCAUGUGUAUUCUUCCCUCUGAAAUUAAUUUAUUUUCUUUCUUUGCCUUCUAAGGCUUCUUUAACUCACAUUAACUUUCGGAAGAAUGACAUUUAGAUGGAUUACUUGCAAUUUAUGGUGGCUCCACGGUUAAGCUUAUUUACAACUCAUCUAAAAUAUUCAUAAAGCACCACUUAUUAAUCACCUUUUUGGACUUUUAAAUAAAACUUAUAUCAGAAAUAGCUUCAAAAAUAUUAUGGUUUUUGUUUGUAAUUCAGGUAUAUUACAAUGUUGUUUUAAAAUACAGUUUAUCAAAGAAAAUUUGAUAAUAACUAUAUUGGGGGGUACAUUAAGUAAUAUAUUUUUAAAUAAAUAGUGUACCAUUGUAAGAAUAAGAAACGGA